CUGGGCAGGGCAGACUGAGGGGAAAGCCUCAAUGGGGUGUGGGGAGGGAGCUCUGCACAGAUGGAGGAAGAGCAGGAUGCCACGGAAAGAUCCAUUUCCAGGACCUUAAUAGUGACAGGAGGAGCCUGGGUUUGGUUUGUGGGCUGGGAAGUGAGGAAUGCUGUGUGACCCAUUCCGGGUGUGGAGCUGUAAAAGGGGGUGACUGGCAGCUUUCAAGGAGCUGUGGAGACCUGCAGCGGGCUGAGUUUGGGAAUACAGGUGUUCCUGUGGCCCUCCCUGGAAAACCUGUGUGUCUGUGGGAGUGGGGUGCUGGGAUUUGAACCCCAAAAAUGGGACUGAGGGAGGUGAACGUGGCCAUGAAGGAGCCAAAGAACUGGAGCUGUGAGGACCAAAUGCACAGAGGAGGAUUUGUUUACAGGGAAACCUGAUUGUGGAGUGAUCUUUGGGAAGGCUGAGGAGGAAUUCUGGGGGUGGAGGGUAUUGGCUUGUUCUGUCCUCCGAGGGGACACGCAGCAGAUACCCUGGGGUGGCAUCCAGGGCUGUGACGUGGUGCCAAGGACGGGGGCAGGGGUGUGACGUGGUGUCAGGAGGGCCGUGCUGGCAGCAGGGCUGGCCAGGCACCACCACAAUUUUCCAGAGGAGCAGUGGCUGGGAGGGGAGCCGAGGAGCUCACUGGGCAGUAUUUAAUCCACAGGCACAUUUGCAGCCCCAGUCACAAGCCAGGCUCCUCCUGCUCGGAUUCCACUCAGGGAGCGGGAUAGGAAGUGAUUCCCUGCUGCUGCUACUGCUGCCCUUGGAGUGUCUUCUCCCCAGGUUUUGGCUCUGUGUGAGGCAGGCAGGUCUCCUCCCUCGGAAUUGCUCCAGGUUGGGCCAGGUUGGACUGAGAGCAGCCCUUCUGCAGACUCCCCCAGGAUGAGUUCCAUGCUGAGCUCGGCCCUCCGGACCCUCCCCGUGUCCUCAGCCUGGGCUGCCGGGGCCUUUGCUCGGUCGUUCAGCUGCUCCUCACAGCUCCAAGCCACAGCCCAGCCCAAGACCAAGAAGACCCUGGGCAAAAGUGGGGUGAAGAAUGUGGUGGUGGUGGAGGGCGUCCGCAUCCCGUUCCUGCAGUCGGGCACCUCGUACGCGGAUCUGAUGCCACACGACUUGGCCAGGGCAGCUCUGCAGGGCCUGCUGACCCGGACCAGCGUCCCGAAGGAUGUUGUGGAUUACAUUGUUUAUGGCACAGUUAUCCAGGAGGUGAAAACCAGUAAUGUUGCCAGAGAGGCUGCACUGGGAGCGGGUUUCUCCGACAAAACUCCGGCCCACACCGUCACCAUGGCCUGCAUCUCCUCCAACCAGGCGAUGACCACAGGCGUGGGGAUGAUCGCGGCGGGGCAGUGCGACGUGGUGGUGGCCGGAGGGGUGGAGCUCAUGUCGGACGUUCCCAUCCGGCACAGCAGGAAGAUGAGGAAGACGAUGCUGACCCUGAACAGGGCCAAGACCUUGGGCCAGAAGCUCUCCCUGAUUUCCAAAAUUCGCCCUGACUACUUUGCUCCCGAGCUCCCUGCCGUGGCAGAGUUCUCCACCAGCGAGACCAUGGGGCACUCUGCCGACCGCCUGGCCGCCGCCUUCGGGGUGUCGCGCGCGGAGCAGGACGAGUACGCCCUGCGCUCCCACACGCUGGCCAAGAAAGCCCAGGACGAGGGGCUGCUGCUGGACGUGGUGCCCUUCAAAGUGCCAGGCAAAGACACCGUCACCAAGGAUAACGGGAUCCGGCCUUCCUCCAUGGAGCAGAUGGGGAAGCUGAAGCCGGCCUUUGUCAAGCCCUAUGGGACUGUGACAGCGGCCAACUCCUCCUUCCUGACGGACGGAGCGUCGGCGAUCCUGCUCAUGUCUGAGGAGAAGGCCCUGGCCAUGGGAUACAAACCCAAGGCCUACCUGAGGGACUUCGUGUACGUGUCCCAGGAUCCCAAGGACCAGCUGCUGCUCGGCCCAACCUACGCCACCCCCAAAGUGCUGGAGAGGGCCGGGCUCACCCUCAGCGACAUCGACGUGUUCGAGUUCCACGAGGCCUUCGCUGGCCAGAUCCUGGCGAACCUGAAGGCCAUGGAUUCGGACUGGUUUGCACAGAACUACAUGGGCAGGAAGGCCAAGGUCGGGGCCCCUCCCCUGGACAAGUUCAACACCUGGGGGGGGUCCCUGUCGCUGGGACACCCCUUUGGGGCCACCGGCUGCCGCCUGGUCAUCACCGCUGCCCACAGGCUGAAGAAGGAGGGGGGACAGUUCGGCCUGGUGGCCGCCUGUGCCGCGGGGGGACAGGGACACGCCAUGAUCGUGGAGCUUUACCCCCAGUAAGGGGCCCCGGCCCCGGGAGCGGUGCCCGUCCUGUGCCCGGCGACGCCUUCUCAGUGCACUUACAAACCCUACACCCCCCUCCUUCUCUGAGGGGGCCUCUGUGGCCUUUAUCAAUCCCUUUUAGCUGCUCAGCCAGUGAUUUGUAUCUAAUGGACACGCUCUGUUCAGCUUCCAGGAGAGGAUGUGGCUCUGAGCCCCUGCAGGCUCCUCGUAACCCGUCUGCUCCCUCUGGGAACUCUGCGGGAUUUCUCCCCGUGGGGAACAAAAAACGAUUCCAAGGCUCUGUGCGGAGAGCUGAGUCUGGAGAUCAGGAGAACGUGAAGCUCUGGGGGUGGGUGGGCUGAGGGGGGGGUGAGUGCUGUGGGCAGGAGCAGCUGUUUUGGGGCAGCGGGGUCGGUCCCAGGGGCUGAGCCGGGCUCUGAGGGGGCGGUUUUGCUGCACGGUGCCCAAACGCCGUGGGAACGAGCAGAUUGCACCUGACCAAUGAAUGUCACCGAUCUAACACCGCAAUAAAUCAGGACUGAACAUACAGAA